UCCUGGUCUAACAUCCCAGAAUCUGCAAACAUUACAACAUGGAUACAGGAGAAACCUGAUAAAACCCAGUCAGUGUUUUCACAUGUGACCUUUAAAGCUUCACAUACUGAUCACAGGAAGAACAUCUCCUGCACUGCUACAUAUCCAAGAAAUAUAUCUAAUGACUCAACUGUGGAGACCACUGUGAUGCUACAAGUCCUGUUUUCUCCAAAAGAAACUCACAUCACCAUCGAUCCAUCCAAUUCAGUCCCUGUUGGCACUAAUGUGACUUUGACCUGCAAAAGCAAAGCCAGUCCAAAUGAAAUAAACUACACUUGGUACAAACAUGGACAGGAGAAAGAGCUGGAUUUUGGAGAACAACGGACCUUCAAUGUAGAUAGAAGAAGUGGAGGCUGGUACUUCUGCACAGCAAAGAACAUACAUGGUAAUCAGACGUCAGAAGAGAUCCAGCUUAUUGUGGCAGAAUCACUGAUCAUCACAGAGUUAUUGAUCAUUGGCUGUGUAGGAGGAAUUUCAGCAUUUUUGUUCAUCUUUGUUCUGGUAAUACUUUUUCGAAGAUUGAGAAAAGUAAAGGCAUCUAUUAUUAGGGAAACUGACGUCUCAGAUCAGGGUCAGGAAAAACAUGUGCAGGUCAACUCUGUUUAUGUUAAUAGUGUUUUUUUGAUGGGUGAAGAGCUAGAGAUGCCAAAGGAUGAGAAUGACAUUAACUACUAUGAGGAGAUUGACUUCUCAUCUGCUCAAACCAAAAGCACCACAGAGAAGAUCUCAGGACAAGAGAUGAUAUAUGCCAAUGAUAUA